UUUUCUUUCUUGCAACCACCCGCCCGCAUCGCAACGCAUCGUUCCCGCUCGGAGAACCGCGCGACGACGACGACAAAUACCUCACCGUCACGCGAACGCGUACCUUCAUUUUGUUGUUCCCCAAGUCUUUUUUAAUUACCCUCAUUCAAGAUGUCGGAUCCCCAGGCAAACGAGGCCGAGAAGAACAUCGAGAUAUGGAAGGUCAAAAAGCUGAUCAAGCGCCUCGAGGCCGCUCGUGGUAACGGCACGUCCAUGAUCUCGCUCAUUAUUCCGCCCAAGGAUCAGAUUUCCCGAGCCGCCAAGAUGUUGGCUGAAGAAUACGGAACGGCGUCAAACAUCAAGUCUAGAGUCAACAGACAAUCUGUGCUUUCGGCCAUUACCUCCACCCAGCAACGUCUCAAGCUGUACAACAAGGUUCCUCCCAACGGCUUGGUCGUCUACUGCGGUGAAAUCUUGACCUCGGAAGGCAAGGAGAGGAAAGUCAACAUCGAUUUCGAACCCUUCAAGCCCAUCAACACGUCUCUCUACCUCUGUGACAACAAGUUCCAUACCGAGGCUCUGGCUGAGCUGCUCGAGUCCGACCAGAAGUUUGGUUUCAUUAUUAUGGACGGUAACGGAGCGCUAUUCGGCACUCUUUCCGGAAACACUAGAGAAGUCGUCCACAAGUUCUCUGUUGAUCUUCCCAAGAAGCACGGCCGUGGUGGUCAGUCCGCCCUUCGUUUCGCCCGUCUUCGUGAGGAGAAACGCCACAACUACGUCCGCAAGGUUGCAGAGUUGGCCGUCCAGAACUUCAUCACCAAUGACAAACCCAACGUCGCCGGUCUGAUUUUGGCUGGUUCUGCCGAUUUCAAGACUGACCUCAACGCCUCCGAUCUAUUCGACAACCGUCUGGCCACCAAGGUCAUCAAAGUCGUUGACGUUUCCUACGGUGGCGAGAACGGUUUCAACCAGGCCAUCGAACUGUCCUCCGAGACUCUCGGCAACGUCAAGUUCAUCCAGGAGAAGAAGCUUAUCGGAAAGUACUUUGAGGAGAUCAGCCAGGACACUGGACGCGUCUGCUACGGUAUCGACGACACUCUGAAGGCUCUGGAACUCGGUGCUGUUGAGACUCUCAUCGUUUUCGAGAACUUGGAGAUUACCCGCUGGAAGCUCAAGGACAGCCAGGGCGUCGAGCACCUUUUGCACACCACCAAGCAGCAGGAAGGGGGUGACCGCGCCAUCUUUAUGGACAAGGAGACCGGCCAAGAGAUGGAAGUCGUUACCCAAGAAUCUUUCCUCGAGUGGAUUGCGGAGCACUACAAGGACUUUGGUACCAACCUCGAGUUCGUCUCGGACCGUUCUACCGAAGGAAACCAGUUCGUCAAGGGAUUCGGCGGUAUCGGUGGUAUCCUCCGAUACAAGGUGAACUUUGAGCAGUUGGCUGAUAUUGACGACGAUGAUGAGUACUACGACGAUUGACCAACCGAGCCCCUCGAGAACGAGGGAUCGACUCAAGUAUCGUCUCUGAAGCAUAACAGCGAAGAGGAGUCCGCGCGCACAGCGUCACAGCCCGCGCCCGCGCCCGAGCCCCAGCCGAAGGUCGCUCAUCGACUCCUUGCAGACAGGAGCCCGAUGAGCCCGGCUCACCUCACCCACCAAGUGGCGCGCCCGAGCCCGCUUCGGUCUGUUAUGAAGGCCUCUUGAGUUGAAACCUAGUCUACAGAUGUUCCUCUAGCAGAUAGGGGACACUCAGGAGCGGUCGGGAGGCGACCGCUUGUUGAUCGCGACUAGAUAGAAUGAAAAUUUAUUAAAUGCUCAGUCACUCCUUUA